ACACUCGUCCCGCAGACCCGUUGACCCACUGGACUCGAUGGGCGUUUUCCUCUACUUAUCUUUUGUCCAAUUCCAAAGGUUGUCUGUGUUGUGCCUAUCGGAGCCUAUCUGCUGUUGUUACAUUCAAGAGCAACAAUGUCACGUUGGGAGGAUAUGAAUAAGGAUGAGCUAGAGAGGCAGUUUUCGCCCAGCCAAUGGUCGCACAGAAUGUCGGCAGACGACGUUAUCAAAUCCCACGUGACGGCGCUCAAAGAAGGUACGGAGCGUGCCCGUGGCCUGGCCCAAACCCUCCUCAACGUUCCCUAUGGAGAAGGAGAGGGGGAGAAACUAGACGUCUAUGUUCCCACCACCACUUCUCUAGAUGUUCCACUGGUAAUCUACCUCCAUGGAGGCUACUGGCAGUUCCUUAGUAAGGAGGAGUCCGGGUUUAUGGCUGUCCCAUUGGUCCAUAAGGGCGUCGUGGUGGUCGCCGUGGGUUACGACAUCGCUCCCAAAGGGAACAUGGAUUUGAUGGUGUCUCAGGUGCGGAGGAGUGUGGUGUCCGUCAUUCAACAGUAUUCACACAUUAGUGGUCUGUACCUGUGUGGCCACUCUGCGGGGGCCCACCUGGCUGCUAUGAUCCUCUCUACAGACUGGUCUCAGUACAGUGUGACCCCUCAGAUCAAAGGUGCGUUCCUGGUCAGUGGUAUAUAUGACCUCCUGCCCAUCCUGUCCACCUAUGUCAACGAGCCUCUGAAGAUGACAGAGGGUCAAUUAAGGAAGACAUCCUCUUCUGCAAACCACUGGAAACCAGGGCAACGUGAGGAUAUUUUUCAAGUACUGGACAGAGAGGUGGCUCUGAGGAACAGUCCUAGUCAGCUGGUUCCGCAGCUCAAACUCUCCUCCUCCAACUGUGACAUCGUGGUUGCCGUGGCGCAGAAAGACUCGCCAGAGUUCCGGAAGCAGUCGGAGGACUACUACAAAACGCUGGAGUCAACAGAAGGACUGAAGGUAACAUUGGAGGACGUUCCAAACACAGAUCACUUCAACAUCAUCGAGCAGCUAGUCGACGGAGACUACCACCUCACUCAGCUGCUGUUAAAGAUGAUGGGGAAGAGCUAAAGAGAUACAGGGACACCGGCCAAUCAAUGAAGAGAUACAGGGACACCAGCCAAUCAUUGAAGAGAUACAGGGACACUGGCCAAUCAAUGAAGAGAUACAGGGACACCAGCCAAUCAUUGAAGAGAUACAGGGACACUGGCCAAUCAUUCAUUUACAUAUCAACCACAAACACCUCUGUUCUGAACCACAUCUAGAGGCACCAAUCACCAGGUAUUAUGGACUGAUGGCUAUUGGCUAAACAAGGUGGUUAGGUAACAGGUAUUAUGUUUUGUGUUACAGAACCUCCGGGGUGAAGAUUCCCUUAGUUACAGUUCUUGGAUCAGUUUUUGAUUCCUCUUAACUUGAACUAUUAGUGGGAAAAAAUGCAAAACUGACCCAAGAUCAGCGUAUAGGGGCAUCUUCACCCUGCUCCGUUACAAAAAGCUAUCGCCUGGAGUUCUUCCUGGUUCGAGUCAUGACCAGGAAAUACUCCAGGAAAUACUCCAGACCCUGCUUUAUGUCUUAUAGAUAGGUGGGCAUCAUUUUGGCUCAAAGGCCGCAUCGGGAUUUUCUCAAUUCCGAGGAUGGCCGCACAGAUUUUUUUCCCGGACCGAUUUGUUCGUCAAAAGCAAUUUGUGGGCCAGAAAAAGGGAAGUUAUCACUUUUAGGUCCAAUAUAAUCUCUACAUACUUUCUAAUUUUAAACGUUCAAGAGCCAUGUUCCCUCUAAGCUGCCACUUCCUCCAGGACUGCUGCGUAGAAGGUCUUUUGUUAGAGAGGCACAUGGUUUUGCUUGGUCUCUCCUGUGUUAGUCUCUUGUGGUCGGCUACCUCAGUAUAAUCCUCAGACUGGCUGAUAACCUCAUGAUGAUGCAUCCUACUCUCCUUACCUACACAGCUAGCUAACCUGUUGACAUAUUUUUAUUUAUUUAACUAGGCAAGUCAGUUUAGAACAAAUUCUUAUUUACAAUGAUGGCCUACUUGUAAAGCUCUUAGGAAUCUUUUAGGGAAAUGGUCAAACUGAUCCUGGACCAGCCAAAGUUUGACAACAUAUUAUGCGUCCCAAAUUGCAUCCUUAUAUAGUUCACUCCUUUUAACCAGGUCUAUUUCACUAGGUAGGGUAUAGGGUGCCAUUUGGGACUGAAGCAUAGCCUGCCAGGAUAAAGUAGCAACACUUGUUUCCAGAGCGAGCGAGAUAGCUAAUCAGUUAACCAAUCACUAUGCACAAAUUAAUAUUGUCUUCAUGGCAAUUUUCGCUUGUUUUAGUGGCACAGUGUAGUUGAUAACGUGCCGACAGUGGCACUUUUUUGUUUCUUUGUAUUGUUACAUCACUUCCUGUGUUUGUUUCUAAACCUCUCUGAACCAUAGAAAUAGUCCACCCAUUAUGAUGUCAUUGACUUGAAUAAGAAUGCCUGUUCUCUGAACCAUACUGACUGGGAAUCUUUCACCACUAUGUUGUUCACCUGUUAUUAUAACUUUAUUGACCUGCCAUUAGAACCAGGGUUCAAAUUAUACAUGGCCUCUUGGGGGUGCAUGAAAAGUGAGGGUGUUCAAUCUGCCCCCCCCCCCCCCCCCCCCCCCCCCCCCCCCCCCUAAUUCAAACCUUGGUUAUUUUCUAAAGGACAUGAACAGAGUCUGGACUUCUCCAGAUUAAGUACAUGACAUGAAUUGCAAUCAGUAUGAAGAAAGGUGAAUGUUGGCAUUCAAUAGGGUACGUCUCGAAUGGUGAAAAGUAGUGCACUUUUUUAGGGAAAAGGUUGCCAUUUUGGACAUAUGUCAAUAUUUACUUAUAUAAUUGUCAGAUGUGUGUUACACAUGGAAUUCAUUGUAACAUGUACCCCAAAAUAACCGUUUGACACUUGAAUUUGUCAAUCUAGAACUAAGGAAUACUGUAUUUUGUUUAUUAUUCUACCCUAAUAUGAAAUUGUCAAUCUAGAUUUGCACACUAAAAUGUAAUAAUGGUUUUACGUGGGUCAUUAUGCUUCUUUGUCUAGUAGCCUAAAUGCUUGUUUCCAUGACUAGUAAUAAUGUUGGUGGGAGAAUUAUGUAAAAUAUCACAAUAAAUGUGUAUGUCAUAGAAGUGUG